AGAUGUGUUUUGCUGCUCUGAAAACAGAUCAUCUUCCUCUCGUGUGUUGACCUGAGAACAUGGAGAAGCUGACCGGGUGUUGGCUGCUGUUGGCGGCGCUGAACUUCGCUCUAGCCCGGGGCAAGGUAACCCCGAAAUACUUCAAGGAUGGCGGGGUGCUAACGAUGGACGUGAGGUCUACUUCUUCUGAACCUCUCUACAACAUCCUGUGGAAGAUUAACUGUGACCUGUUGGCUGAGUGGGUCACAGAUGAAGUCACAGGUCAAGAUUUAGUCCCUUUGACUUAUUACAGAUCCUUUAGAGGACGCACAACCCUGGAUGUAACCACUGGACGUUUGGUAAUCAACAACAUGGCUAAAGCUGACAUGGGGGAGUAUUCAGUGGAAAUCAACAACAAGGUCCAGAAUGAGAAAUAUAACGCUGUAUUGAUCAAAGAAGUCCCCCAGCCUAAGGUGGUGGUACCAGAGAAAUGUUCCCCCGCUUCGGACAACUGUACUCUGAGCUGUUACGCUGACACCACAGACGCUGGACCGGUCACCUACAGCUGGAAGAUGGGAGACGGAGAGUGGAAGGAGUCAGGAAAGGACUUGGACAUCACCUCCCGGAUAAAGAACCCAGUCAGUGAGAAAGAAAGUACACCCUGAAAACAAUCCGCUCUGCAAACUUGUUUUGACUAAUGAAGUUAAUAAUAUAGACAAUAUCAUUUAGAUGUUACGCUGCAUGCAGAUAUAAGAAACCAAUUAAAUGUUGCUUGAGAGAUUUAUUUUGCCUUCAUUAUGUUUUGUGUGUAAUUGUGCUCUAAGCGAUGUCACGCGUUUUUUUAGGCUACAAUAUUUUUUGUCACAUA